CCCGCCCCACAGAGGGCUCUAUUUUUAGAAAAACAAUAAAAACAAACAAACCAAAAAAAUACAUAAUUUUGACCAAGUCACUUUUUACAAAAUUUCCCGUACAAAGACUUUCUGUUAAAAGCGAACGAAACUGUAAACAUGCGCGAAAUAGCUCACAUUCAGGUGGGACAGUGCGGCAACCAGAUUGGCUGUAAGUUCUGGGAGGUGAUCUCGGACGAGCACGGCGUGGACCCCACGGGCCGCUACUGCGGCGAGUCCCCCCUGCAGCUCGAGCGCAUCAACGUGUACUACAACGAGGGGCGCGGCGGCAAGUACGUGCCGCGGGCCGUGCUGGUGGACCUGGAGCCGGGCACCAUGGACACGUGCCGGUCGGGGCCGUUCGGUCAGCUCUUCCACCCGGACAACUUCGUGUUCGGGUCGACGGGCGCGGGCAACAACUGGGCCAAGGGCCACUACACGGAGGGCGCCGAGCUGAUGGACACGAUCCUGGACGUGGUGCGCAAGGAGGCCGAGGCGUGCGACCUGCUGCAGGGCUUCCAGAUGACGCACUCGCUGGGCGGCGGCACCGGCUCCGGCAUGGGCACGCUGCUGCUGGCCAAGGUGCGCGAGGAGUACCCCGACCGCGUCCUCAACACGUUCAGCAUCGUGCCCAGCCCCAAGGUCUCGGACACGGUGGUGGAGCCGUACAACUCGGUGCUGUCGGUGCACCAGCUGGUAGAGAACACGGACGAGACGUUCUGCAUCGACAACGAGGCCCUGUACGACAUCUGCCACCGCACGCUCAAGCUGGGCUGCCCGUCGUACGCGGACCUGAACCACCUGAUCUCGGCCGCCAUGUCCGGGGUCACCACCUGCCUGCGCUUCCCCGGCCAGCUCAACGCGGACCUGCGCAAGCUCGCCGUCAACAUGGUGCCCUUCCCGCGCCUGCACUUCUUCAUGCCGGGCUUCGUGCCGCUCACGUCCAGGGGCAGCCAGCAGUACCGGAACGUGACGGUGCCCGAGCUCACCGCGCAGAUGUUCGACAGCAAGAACAUGAUGGCGGCCUGCGACCCGCGCCACGGCCGCUACCUCACCGUGGCCGCCAUCUUCAGGGGCAGGAUGUCCAUGAAGGAGGUGGACGAGCAGAUGCUCAACGUGCAGAACCGCAACAGCCCCUACUUUGUCGAGUGGAUCCCCAACAACGUCAAGACGGCCGUGUGCGACAUACCGCCGCGCGGGCUGCGCAUGGCUGCCACCUUCAUCGGCAACACCACCGCCAUCCAGGAGAUCUUCAAGCGCAUCGGCGAGCAGUUCUCCGCCAUGUUCCGCCGCAAGGCCUUCCUGCACUGGUACAUCGGCGAGGGCAUGGACGAGACCGAGUUCACCGAGGCCGAGAGCAACAUGGGCGACCUGAUCGCCGAGUACCAGCAGUACCAGGAGGCGCCCCCGGACGACGACGACUACGUGGACGUCGCCGGCGGCUGAGGCCCGUCCCGGCCGUCCCCGGCGCUCCCCUCGGCAAAUACACCCCC